AACCCCUGCGGCGCCUCCUCGCUCCUCCCCUUCGUCCUCGUCCGCCGCCGCCGCCGCCGGCGGCGACGGCCGGGGAUGGCGCGCCGCGCGCCGUGCCUCCUCGCUGCACGGGGCAUCGCCUCGUCGCCUCGCCUCGCGCGGAGGGUGAAGCAGACAGAAAAUGAGAUUGUUGAAAUGUUCCGAACCCCAUCUCCUCGGAGCAAGGAUGAAGUAGCUGCUAUUUCACCAAGGUACACGAAUUCUUUGCGUGUAUUGGAUGAGAGAUUCAUUAGGAUCCUGAAGAUAUUCAAGUGGGGCCCUGAUGCUGAGAGGGCAUUGGAGGUCCUCAUGCUGAGAGUUGAUCACUGGUUGGUACGAGAGGUCAUGAAAACUGACGUUGGGGUUAAUGUGAAGAUGCAGUUCUUUAGAUGGGCUGCAAAGAAGAGGAAUUAUGAGCAUGACACAUCCACUUACAUGGCCUUGAUACGUUGCUUAGAGCUAGUAGAGCAGUAUGGUGAGAUGUGGAAGAUGAUCCAAGAAAUGGUACGCAAUCCUAUUUGUGUUGUCACCCCAAUGGAACUUUCAGAGGUAAUCCGGAUGCUGGGAAAUGCCAAGAUGAUCAGCAAGGCAAUUACAGUCUUUUAUCAAGUCAAGGCACGGAAGUGUCAACCAACUGCUCAGGCAUAUAAUAGCAUGAUAAUCAUGUUGAUACAUGAGGGGCAAUAUGAGAAAGUGCAUGAACUUUACAAUGAGAUGAGCAAUGAGGGGCAUUGCUUCCCGGACACUGUGACUUACAGUGCACUCAUUUCUGCUUUCUGCAAACUUGGUCGCCAGGAUUCAGCAAUUCGGUUGUUGAAUGAGAUGAAGGAUAAUAGAAUGCAGCCAACUGCUAAGAUAUAUACAAUGAUAAUGUCUUUGUUAUUCAAAUUGGACAAUGUUCAUGGAGCAUUGAGUUUGUUUGAAGAGAUGAGGUGCAUGUAUUGUCGACCUGAUGUGUAUACUUAUACUGAGUUAAUCCGGGGCCUUGGUAAAGCUGGGAGAAUUGAUGAAGCAUAUCACUUCUUUCAUGAAAUGCAACGAGAAGGCUGCAAGCCAGACACAGUAGUCAUGAAUAAUAUGAUAAAUUUCUUAGGCAAGACUGGUCGUUUGGAUGAUGCUAUGAAGUUGUUUGAGGAGAUGGGAGUGCUGCGGUGUACUCCAAGUGUGGUGACAUACAAUACUAUAAUAAAAGCACUAUUUGAAUCAAAAUCUCGUGUUUCUGAGGUUUUGUCAUGGUUUGAGAGAAUGAAGGAAAGUGGGAUCUCCCCUAGUCCAUUCACCUACUCCAUCCUGAUUGACGGAUUCUGCAAAACCAACAGGAUAGAAAAGGCCAUGAUGCUACUAGAGGAGAUGGAUGAGAAGGGCUUCCCUCCUUGUCCAGCAGCAUAUUGCAGUCUGAUUGAUGCUCUUGGAAAAGCUAAGCGUUAUGAUCUUGCAUGUGAGCUUUUCCAGGAACUAAAAGAAAAUUGUGGCUCCUCAAGUGCUCGAGUGUAUGCAGUGAUGAUAAAACACUUAGGGAAGGCUGGGCGUCUGGAUGAUGCCAUAAACCUUUUUGAUGAGAUGAGCAAACUUGGUUGCACUCCUAAUGUCUAUGCAUACAAUGCUCUCAUGUCUGGAUUAACAAGAGCAGGUAUGCUUGAUGAAGCUCUUACUACAAUGAGAAAAAUGCAAGAGCGCGGAUGUGUCCCUGAUAUUAACUCAUACAAUAUUAUCCUGAAUGGACUGGCAAAAACAGGAGGCCCUCAUCGUGGGAUGGAGAUGCUUUCUAACAUGAAACAUUCUGCAAUAAAACCAGAUGCUGUGUCAUAUAAUACUGUUCUUGGUGCGUUGAGUCAUGCUGGCAUGUUUCAGGAGGCAGCUGAGCUGAUGAAAGAGAUGAAUUCAUUGGGGUUUGAGUAUGAUCUUAUUACUUAUUCAUCUAUACUUGAGGCAAUUGGAAAGGUUGAUCAAGAAUAAACUGAAAUUUUCAAUGAAGAAUAGGACCCAUUGUUUUUGUUGGUAAUUGCAAGAAAACAUCUUGAUUCAAGACUUGUUUUUCAAGAAUCUCCAAGUUUUAAUCUUGAAUAUCAUCUGGUUGAUAUACGUCAAAAGGUUAUGCCUCCUUGUCUCCUUGAGUACAAAUCUGGUGAGCCAUACUAGAGAAAUCUUAGAAGACAGUCUUCGAAGGGCUUACUCGAUUUGGACAGCCGGUAAGCUUCCCAAAACAGCAAUUUGGUACGACCAGCCUAAAAUCAACUUGGCAGAAUAUCUUCAGCUACUGCAAAUGGGAGUUAGAUGUGGACGCCAAUGUUGCUUCACAAUGGCAGACUAGGAAUCUUCAUUAUCUUCUAGAGCUUGGGCAAAAGUGCAUGUAAACGAUCAUCAAUCCAUUAAAUCCAUUAAGGGAGCCUUGAUUACUGCAGUGCCGCAGACUAUCAGCUAGCGGCUGGCCUGAUCCAGCCUUGGAUCCACCCCUGCUACUUGACAAGAGGACUUCUCGCUUAUAAGCCAUCAUAGAAUCUGGCAAGUUCAAGCAUCCAGGUUUGUUUUCUGAGAACCAAAGUCGACAGUCAAGAUAUGGGGUCAUCGACCAUGUGGGGUGUGUGUGUGUCAGUGUGUGUGUGUGUGUUAUGAUUGCCAGCGAGGCACAGUUCAUACAACAAGACAGGACCAUAACUCUGAUGUUUCUAUGAUGACAUGACAUGACAUGACAAGGGCAUCAUGUGUAAAUCAUCUUCUUCUUUUUAGAAGUUAAAAAGAUGGAUUGAAUGUCAUCACAUGCAAGGUCUAUGUAUCUUUCGCAAAACAUGAUACUAGCUGGACCAGCUAUUUCAAUAUUAACGUAGCGUGAAUGGAAUCUUAUGGACUUCUCUUGGUCGUUUUGCAUUGUGAUUUAUCCCCCUAAUAGUUCAUGUCAAGAGUAUUUAAGCCGAUCUAUAUCUUUGGUAUCACGGUAGAGCUCUCAUGCAAUUUAUCUAUAUAUGUUCAAUCAAUAUUUACAGUAUUGAUCUGAAUUUCAGAUAGUAACAGUUGAA